CCAUAUCCACUCUGUCCGAUCAUUUUCAAAGAAAAACAAAAUGGCUUUCAAUUUAUUUGUUGUCUUGGUCGUCGCCCUAUCGGCCGUCCAAGCUGCCGUGGUCCGUCCUGAAGACGUAGCCCGACUUUUCCCUGAAGCCCGAGCUAAUACAAUCAUCAGUGUUGUAACUACCACUGCUGUUGGGCCUACAACCGUCACUAAAUCAACACGCUUGGUAUGCGCUACCUUGGAAGCACCGAUCUCCACCACAGCCUGCCGUCGUAAGAGACAGUUCUGGAACGCCCCACUUUUCUUUGCUCUCGGCCAGGACGAUGUCAAUCAAUUUGAAUCAUUAAACCCUACUCAAGUCCUCCAGGUAGAGCCAUCAGCUCUGCCCAGCGUGGUUGAAUACCGCAAUCGACCAGUGUUCCGUCCUUACGUAUCUCAGCAAUUCAACAGCCCGUUCGCUGUCCAGUCCUCGUUCAGCAACAAGGUGCAGCCAUUGGCUGUCCGCGUUGCCGAUCCUUUCUUCGGAGCUGCCCGAUUUUCCGCAUUCUCUUCGCUCUUCUCCAACAUUAUCUCCAACGUCCUGACUCCGGCCGUCACAACUACCAGGACCAGCACUGUGUACACGACGACGACGACGACUACAUCCUUCACCUCGACGGCUACCUACACCAUUAAGAAUGCUCUAUGCGUGCCAAAGGGUGUGAAACUUUGCCCGGCUAGUGCCACCACUACGAGCACGACACCCGCCACAACAACCUCCACAACCAGCGGAACCACCACCACGACCGGGGCAUCCACGACGACUGGUGCACCUACAACAACGACAACUGGUGCACCUACAACAACGACAACUGAUGCUACUACAACAACAACUGAUGCUACUACAACAACAACUGAUGCUACUACAACCACGACAACUGAUUCUACUACAACAACGACAACUGAUUCAACUACAACCACGACAACUGAUUCUACUACAACGACAACGGAUGCUACUACAACAACAACAGCAGGCCGUAAAAGAAGUGAUUUAAUCGAUUUGCUAUGAAAUGAUAAAGACUUUAUUUCAAAAAUCGAUUUAAACCAAUGAACGAUUACUUAACUGACGAGAGAGUUGAUUUUUUCUCUUCUGUAAUUCGCAACCACUAUUACCAUUUUGCAUGCUAUUUAAGGUUUGUGUUGUAGUGCAUUUCUUUUCAGUUUGGCCAUAAGUUCAUUUUAUUUAAUCAAAAAAGGAAAAUAUCAAUACACCAGCAAAAUCAAA